AUGGGAUUAAAGGGUGUAUUCUACAACACUCAACAACGCGUAGAGCCCCCCUCCUCUCCCCCAGCCUUCUCACUGGCUUCCCAGAACACCAACAUGUUCUACAUUGCAGUAUCUGCCUUCACCAUCAACUCAGCAUUCAUGAUUUUUGAAACACACCCUGAUCUGAAGUUGGAGCUGAAGGUAGAGACAGUGAAGGAGCCCAUCAUUAAAUUUGAACCAAAUCAUGUGAUUCUUCAGCUCCUGAGUACAGUGACAGCUUAUGAUGUCCAAUCUGGCAACACACCGACUCAACUCUUUGUCCUCAAUCUGGAAAGCGUUGCCAGUGUUCAAGUGUCUGUAGAAGAGGGUGAUCUGGCAUUAGAUUUAACCCUUGAGAAAAUUGAAGGGAGUAUGAACGGCAAACCAUUUAAGGUACAAAUCAAAAAGAAGUCAUUAUUAAAAGUGUGUUGA